CGUCAAUCUGUCCUUUCUCGUUACACACCCUGCAUACCAUACUGUAUCAAAACAGCUCAAGGAUGUCUAGUCGCCCACGGUCCGCUGCCAAGACGACAGGCCGGUCCAGAAAGAAGACUGUCGUUGAGCAUGACAGCGUCGCAGAGACUCCUUUCACCACGCUGAAGGAGCGGGAUGAGCGGCCAGCACAGAAGGAGCCCACCGCAUUGAAAGCCAACAAGUUCUUUGGCGCGGCCGGUGCGCCGGUUCCCGCGAAGAAGCUCCUUGUGCCUACGGUGGCGCUGGAGCGGGAGGUGGAGCUGGCCACCAAGGAGCUCACGCGCCGGCCCCGCGGCGCGCCCAAGCCGCCAACCGGCGCGCCCAGCGCCGCCGCCGCCGCGCGCCCGCGCCCCAGCCGCGGCCCCGUGGAGUUCCUAGUGCUGGAGGCUGUGGACCGCGCGCUGGGCGACGAGCCCGACCUGGCGGGCAACUGCAAGGAGCUGCAGGCGCUGCGGGCGGGGCUCAAGGGCGUGUGCGCCGACCAGUGGGCGGCCAUGGCGGAGGAGGACAAGAAGAAGUACGCGCAGCAGGCAGCAGCCGACAAGGAGCGCUACCGCACCGAGAUGGCGGCGUGGAAGGGCGCCAAGCAGCAGCAGGGGGAGGAGGAUCUGGAGGAGGGCGAGAAGAAGAAGCAGGAGGAGGGCGAUGGGGCGGCGGCUGCUGGCGGCAAGAAGGGCAAGAAGAGGGCCCCGGCGGCCAAGAAGGCCGACACGACCGAGGGUGAGGCGGGCGACGACGGCGGGGGCCCCUCCACUGCGGCCGCCCCCGCCCCCGCCAAAAAGGCUGUGGCCGCUAAGAAGGAACGGGUCAGCCAGGCGCCCCUGCGGUGGGCGGAGCGGCAGCGGCGGGAGCUGCUGGGCGAGGGCGCGGACGGCCAUGCCGCGGACGAGCAGGAGGAUGGCGAGGGCGAGGCCGCAGGUGGCAAGAAGGCCGCCAAGAAGACUGUGGCCGCCAAGAAGGCCGCGGCCGCCGGCGGCAGCAAGAGCAGCGGCAAGAAGCGUGUCCGCAAGUCCGAGGCAGUGGAGGAGGAGGAGAAUGACGAGGCGGCGGCUGCGGUGCCCAAGAAGCGCCGCGGCGCCGCUGCGGAGGGCAAGGCGGCGGCAGGCAAGGGUGGCAAGGCUGCGGCACCCGCGCGGAAGAGCAAGGGCAAGGCCAAGAAGGCGAAGGCCGAGGAGGAGGUGGAGGAGGAGGCGGAGGACAGCGACGCCGAGGAGGACGCGGAGAUGAAGGAGAUGGAGGCGGCGGUGGAGUCUGGCUCGGAGGAUGAGUUCGAGGACGCGGACGAGGAGGAGCAGGAGGACGAGGAAGACGAGGAGGCAGCGCCGGCGCCCAAGAAGGGCAAGGCCGCUGCCGCCAAGCCCGAGGCACCCAAGGCCAAGGCGCCUGCCAAGGAGAAGGUGGCGGGCGGCAAGCGGCAAAAGACUGGGGAGGAGAAGGAGCCGACCGCCAAGAGCGGGCGCAAGGCUGCGCCCGCCAAGUCUCCCGCCGCAGCUUCCGCCAAGCCCGCCGCCGCCAAGCCCUCUGGCGGCGGCAAAUCCGCAAAGCUCAAGGCCAAGGCCGCCAAGCCCGCUGCCGCCAAACCCGUGGAGAAGGCGGCCAAGGCGGCAAAGCCCGCCAAGGCCAAGGUGGCCAGCUCCAAGCGCGCCAAGUAGACAUUAUAAGGCGUGUUGUUGCUGGUGUACAUAUAGCUUGUGGCAGGAUGGGGAGCGGUGAGUGGGGCGGCGUGGUUUGCUGCAUGAACGCGGCUCCAGCGCGCGGUGGCAGAGUCUGUACUACUCCUGGUUCACCUUGGCACGCGCGGAGCUGCUACUGCUUUGCGGACAUGAAUGGGCAGGGUUCGACGGCCUCUCUAGUCCUCAUGCGGAGACUGCGCCACAGCCGCACUAGAUGCCGAACUGAUUUUCCGCUUUGCUGUGGGGUGGGUGCUGUGGGGCUGCUGCUGCUGCUGAUGCCGGGUGCCGGAGGGUGCCGGUGCCGCGUCGUGUGCAGGGGUGUGCGCCAUUGCCACUGCAGUAACUGUGUCCUUGUUUCUUUAAGCGCCGGGUGGCCUCUGUGAUGCAACGGACGUGAGAUGAUGUCUGACGUUUGAUUCGGUGAUUGUGACACAAGGCCGAUGGAAGUCCAGCCAGGGAUUGGCCACUGCCAUCCCGCCGCUCAGUGGGGGCAUCUGUAACGUUGCUAGCCAGCCACUGCGUAGCACUGUCUUUGUUAAGAACGCAUACCGGUAUGCGCUGUCGGCAGCCAGUAGUCGUGCACAGUAAUAUGGCAGCAGCACCAACAUGACAUGGAAGCCGUGCGGCAAAUGGGGAUGAAGCAUACCGUGUGCCAGCCAGAGAGCAGUGGUACCGUAUGGCGCUGCCUUUGGUGCCUGUGUGCUGUUGUGCACGAUCUGUGUGUAUGGCGUGCCACGCCGCUCGAUAGGGCCACACGGCGUGAAGCGGUCGACAAGCAAUGCAAU